AUGGACCCCUCCAAAGUAGAGGCAAUACUGAAAUGGGAGCAUCCUAAAAACGUGACAGAGGUUAGGAGUUUCUUAGGGCUGAGUUUUUGGACUCUUAAGACCAAGUUAACCACUACCCCUGUGUUGGCGAUACCAGAUCCACCCUUAAGUUUUGAAGUGUAUUGUGAUGCAUCCCUGAAAGGCUUAGGUUUUGUAUUGAUGCAAAACAACCAAGUAGUGGCUUAUGCUUCAAGGAAACUGAAGUCUCAUGAUGGGAACUAUCCUACUCAUGACCUAGAAUUGGCUGCCAUAGUGUUUGCCUUGAAGAUCUAG